UGUAUUUAUUCUUCCCUCCAAGCUCUUUUUAUUUAGUGUUAGAUGCAGUCUUAGACCGUGUAUAAUAAAAAAUAAUGGUAUUUUAGAUUGACAUAAUAAAUAUUCAGAAGAUAAACCCAGGUAAAUCUGUGAGGUUGAUUUGAAACCCCUGGGUGAGGAUGAGGUUUGGGUGUUUUUGUUUUAUUUUUAUCUAUAUAUAAAGCUGGACCUUUAUUUUAGAGAGAGAGAGAGAGAGAGAGAGAGAAAGAGAGAGCUGUGUGGUUUAAUUCUCAGGUGGAAGCUAAGCGGAAGCGGAAAUCAGCCCUGGAAUUCGGGGAGUCUCAGCUUCCAAUCGUUUCCUCCAUCCAUCCAUCCUUUCCAUCUAUCACCUUUCUCUAAGGCGUUGUAGGUAACACACCAGGUACCAUGACUCAGUCAAUGAUACGCAGAACCCUUAAAAAUCUGGUCCAGAAUUUCUCUGAGGCUGAGGUGAAGGUCAGAGAGGCGACCUCUAAUGACCCCUGGGGUCCAUCCAGCUCUCAGAUGGCGGACAUCUCGGACCUGACCUACAACGUGGUGGCGUGCAACGAAAUUCUGGGGAUGUUGUGGAAGCGCCUGAACGAUGACAAAAACUGGAGGCAUGUAUACAAGUCUUUAACACUACUAGAGUAUCUGCUGAAAACCGGCUCUGACCGCAUUCCCAAGCAAAGUCAGGAGAACGUUCACCUCAUUAAACCUCUGGUGGAGUAUCGCUACACGGACAAGGACGGGAAAGACCAGGGCGUGAACGUCAGGGAGAAAGCCAAGAUAGUGAUGUUACUCAUACAAGAUGAGGAGAAACGUAAAGAAGAGAGGGAUUUUGCCAUGAAGACUAAGACCAAACUGGCCACUGCCUCCUCAGAAGCCAGUGAGAAGACAAAGACAGAGAUUCCUCCGUACACGGGGCUGCCGUCCUUGGACAACAUCCCCUCAGUGGCAGAUCUGACAGCCAGCAUGGCGAAGAAGAAGGAAGAGAGGAGGAUACUCGAGGAAAAGAAGAAAGAAGAAGAGAGGCGUGCGAAGGAAGGUGACUCCGAGCCUGACCUGUGGGAACAAGCAGCAACAGCAGCAGCUCCAUCCAGCUCAGAUCCCUGGGGAGCUCCAGCUGAUGCUCCAAAAGCCGAGGGUGCCGCGAAGAACGACCCCUGGGGUGCACCAACAAAUGACUCCCAAGAUUCAAACACGGGUUCCAGCGAUCCUUGGGGCGAGUCGGUGGAUAAAGCAAAAGACGAUCCAUGGGGUGGUUUAUCAGACGAGAAGACGUCACCUCCUGCCAGCAACUGUCCAUGGGGUGAUUCAGAGGCGCCUACAGAAGACAAAGGUCUGGCUACUAAUGACCCCUGGGGCACUUCAAAUGACUCGGUAGCAAACUCACAGCCAACAAAGACAGAUCCUUGGGGUACACCAGUGGAUUCUGUUGAAGAGUCUGCUCCUGCUGCUUCAGACCCCUGGGAGACUGCGUCGGAGCCAGCGCUGGCCAAGACGGAUCCAUGGGGUGGAGAUAACGGAGCUUCAGCAGCGUCACCCACUGAUCCGUUUAGUGAAGGGCCCAAAGCUGAUAAGGACCCAUGGGGCACAUUAGCAUCUUCACCGCUUCCAUCUAACGACCCCUGGGGUGCUCCAGCGACCAUCACUGACGCAGCAGUAAACUCUGACCCCUUUGGUGAUGGAGGAAACGCUGAUGCCUGGGGAGCUCCUGCAGGGAGUGACGUUUCCUCGUCCACCGAAGACUCCAAAAAGCCGGCGAGUUUCUUGGGUGAAGGAGCGUCACUGGUGGAUCUCGACUCUCUCAUGUAAAGCCGGAAUUCACUUCCCCGGGUGUUUACUCCGGCCCAUUCGGAUUAGAUAAUGUUUUGUGGAUAGAUGUUAUCACUGUAGGUGUAGCUGUCCUCCUCUCCCUCCGGUCUUCAGCGCUCCCUUCAUCUCUCCCCUUUCUGUUUCUGUUCGUUCUUGUGUUGCUUACCGGCUUGAACCAGUGUCCCAGGGUUGCGGCAUAUGACAUGACAAUGUUGGAGUAAUUUUUUCUGUUUGUUUGUUUUUUACCCCUCUGAUGGUUCCCCUGCAUGCCUAAACUCACCGGUAGCACCUCCAGCGUGUGAAACCACCUUGUUUAGUUUGUUUCUGCCUGAACAGGAUGUACAGAAUGGUACAAUCCAGCACUAUGGGACGUCUUAACAAGGAAAUGCCAGUGUAUCACCUGGAGGUUUAUUUAGGAUCAUUAUUAUUUAGGAUAAGUUUGGGAGAAGUGACAUCUUGUAUUUCGGGGGAUAUUUCAUUCAUUCACGUUUUUCAUCCAUAGACAUUCCGCUCAUGUCUUACUAAAUGCCAGCUCGGAGCCUAUGAUGCGUACGUAUAUGUGACGAUAUUUAAAGUCGAUAAGCAGCAAUAUGCUUUCUGUGUAGCCUUUUACUCACAGCGGGAGUCUGGAGACUUGGUUUGUCUAGUGUUCUGCCAUUAAGGACAUAUCAGAUACCAGAUAGAUAUUUUUUUUAUUUAUACGGAUUCAGUUUUAGAAUUGAGUCUGGUGAGUAUGUUCUGAAGCCAUCAAGCUCUUCCCUGAUUCACUUUCACAAGGUCCGACGUACUGCCUGCUCCAGAGCCACAGGUUGAACCCAUCAGAACAAUGGAUUGAUGUCAUAUCCGCCUAGCGCAGGUUAGUCCUGAGAUCAACGCAGUAUGUCUAUGGCGAUGUACAGAAUUAGUGGGAAAUUCAUCUCUGUGUGUUUUAAGCAAGUUUUCCUAUCUUCUCUUACCUUCACGGCCCUCAACAAGUCUAGUGUGAAACUGGGAAUCAGUGAUGUACAGAGUGAGCAAAAGAGUAUACAGUGCAGUAUGAAGAAAUAUUUCUCUAUAUGGCAUAAAGACACAGACAGGAAGAGAAAUAAAGCAGCUACACCAAUCAGGUAUAACAUUGUGAGCAGUGAGAGGUGAAGUGAAUAACACUGGUGUGAUAUAUUAGGCAGCAAGUCAACAUUUUGUCCUCAAAGUUGAUGUUAGAAGCAGGAAAAAUGGACAAGCGUAAGGAUUUGAGCGAGUUUGGCGAAGGGACAAAUUGUGAUGGCUAGACCACUGGAUCAGAGCAUCUCCAAAACUGCAGCUCUUGUGGGGUGUUCCCGGUCUGCAGUGGUCAGUAUCUAUCAAAAGUGGUCCAAGGAAGGAACAGUGGUGAACCGGAGACAGGGUCAUGGACGGUCAAGGCUCAUUGAUGCACGUGGGGAGUGAAGGCUGACCCGUGUGAUCCGAUCCAACAGACGAGCUACUGUUGCUCAGAUUGCUGAAGAAGUUAAUGCUGGUUCUGAUAGAAAGGAGUCAGAAUACACAGUGCAGGACGGGUCAGCAAAACGGGGACCAAGACAAUAUUAGACAGGUGGUCAUAAUGUUAUGCCUGAUUGGUGUAUGUAUUCUAGUCUGAUUUAGCAAAAAUCAAGAUGUGGAGUCAUAUAUAUAUAUAUAUAUAUAUAUAUAUAUAUAUAUAUAUAUAUAUAUAUAUAUAUAUAUAUAUAUAUCUGUUCUUGCUAGAUCCAUGUUCCUACGUCGUCGUACGUUUUCCAGUGAGAUGUAAGUUGUACAUCGCAUGGUUCUGGCAAAACUUGUGUAUUACUCAACCGGUUUAACUAAAGAAAGUCUUAAAGCCUGAUGCAGGAUUUUCAGUGUGAAUCUCUGGGUGUUGAGAGUUGAUGUCACAUUUAAAGCUUUUUGCUCCUCAACAGAUCUUCAGGCUGUUAGCUUCAGUAACUUUCCAUAAUUUAUAUAUCGACUACUUGAUCAUUAGAGCUGCACAGUAACACACAGUAUAAAGAAAAAAAGUUUUAUUUCUUAUUCUGCACAAUAAUCCAAGAGACUUGUGGCUCAGGUUGCUUAAUGAGACCAGAUAUGUCUUCAGUUAUUUAUUUAUUUAUCAGCUGAAGGAGAGCUGACCUCAGUGGCAGCUUUUAGCUUUAACGAGCCAUUAAUUCGCCUGUUUCUGUUACACACACUGCCUCCUGUCUCAUGUCGGUUCCUUUAGCCUGAGUGCAGCUUACCGCUGGCUAUAUAACAGUGUAUUCAUUCCAGCUGUGGAGUUAAAUACAGCUGUUAAAGUCAUCCGUCUUUAAACCUGCACAUUCUGUGUUGUGAUGAUGGUCUGAAUGAGCAACUCACAUUUCAAACAAGUGUUUAAUAUUGUAUUCGAGUGUAAAAACCAUCCAUACUUCAUCAUCAAGACCAUCUAUCUAUCUAUCUAUCUAUCUAUCUAUCUAUCUAUCUAUCUAUCUAUCUAUCUAUCUAUCUAUCUAUCUAUCUAUCUUUAUUUAUUUAUUUAUUUAUUUAUUUAUUUAUUUAUUUAUUUAUUUAUUUAUUUAACACACAGCAUCAAUUCAUUUCACUCUUACGGAAAGGAAAUUUGAAUGAGUGCUCUGCUGUAAAUAUGAGUUGUAUUUUGGAGAAUAUAUUUAUUCUAUUUUGAGUGUCGUUUCUCGUGAAUGUGUACACUGAAAGAAUAAAACUAAACGAAAGCUA